GUGAUGUUCAGGGUCCAUUCCGCUUAUUGGUUAUUUCACGGAAACCCCGGUUCGUAAGCGCUAAAUCGAGACACGCCGCCCAAGCGGCAAGACGUCUCAUCGUCAACUAACAUCUCUUGGCUAUCAACCUGAUGAGUACUUACUCAUCAAACAACUUCUCAAGAACAAGUCUCCAGUAUUGUUGCCCUGUCUCAAGACACAAUGGCUGUAAGAGGUGAAGACAAGACUGGUAAAGAGACGCCAGUGAGACAGCGGAAGGCUCACAAGAAGUCUCGUCUCGGAUGUAAGAACUGCAAACUGAGGAGUGUCAAGGUGAGCUGAUCGCUGUAACUCUUAUCCACCAACCCCAUGUCUCAGUCAUACGCUUCACUUCACCUCAGCACUAACAUCUUUCAGUGCGAUGAAUCAAAACCAUCGUGUAAACGUUGUACCUCAUCAGGCUUCGUCUGCUCGUUCACUCAGAUAUCCCCCUCAUCCUUCCAACUCGCCCACCAGAGCGCAGGGCCAGUCUUCUCAGUCGUCGAUAAGUCUCUCGGCCCUAUCAACCCUGGUUUCAGAGUCCCCGUCAUCCAGCCUGUAAAGGGUGGUGUCGGUGAGAUUAUACUAGACGAUGCUGCCCUGGCGGCUAUUGAGAGGUUUCGACUAAGGACGGUGUUUUCUGUUGGUACACAGAAGACGAGAAGUGUUUACAGCGAGGGCGCGUUUCUACUAGGAUUGAAGCAUCCUUUUCUCAUGCAUGUCUUUAUUGCUCUGUCUCUUCUUCAUGAUCAGCAUCUAAACCCCUGCCAAACAUCUUCUCACCGCACAGCCCUCGCUUUCCACUGGUAUCAAGCGACAGCCCUUUUCCACCGCCGUCUCAUGGCAGCAGGAUCAGUCCCCGAUGUGUCGAAACUCUCUGACUCCGAACGCGAUUCCCUCUGGGCUUCAGGAGCACUCCUCGGCGCAGCUUCGAUGGCUCUUUUAGAUGCUGAAGACGUGUAUGGAGUGUGGCCCCUCAAGAAAUCUGAUUCCUUGGAUCUUGACUGGCUAGGAAUGAGCGAUGGGAAGAAGGUUGUAUGGAAUAUCGCUGACCCAACGAGAAAGGAUAGUAUUUUCCAUCAGUUGCUCAGAGAGUGGGACGGCAUUCCUGAUGGUUCUAAGCCCAUUCCGCCCGAUGCCCUUCCGACUAUGUUCUACGAUGCCUUUGACAUUGGGCCGUCUUCUACAGCUCAGAACAACCCAUAUCAUGUCGCUGCGUCGUUACUCGCACAGUUGCUUCCCCGAAAGAUCGAUGACAAUACAGUGAUCCAGUUUCUCACUUUCUUAACGCAACUGGACCCGCGGUAUAGGAAGCUACUGGAGGAGAAAGACCCCAAGGCUAUGGUAUUGCUGGCAUGGUGGUAUACAAAAGCAGCGGCACACAGCUCAUGGUGGAUGCAGAGGAGAUCAGUGGUAGAGGGGCUGGCAGUCUGUAUCUACCUGGAGAGGAAUUGUGGGCAUGAAACAGUUAUUCAGGAGCUGGUGAAGUUUCCAAGGCGUGUAUUUGAUGCCUGUCGUGGUAAUGGAGGAUCAAUGCCUGCGCAGAACAGACAGCCUUCAAUAGCGGGCGUUCAGGUCUACUAGUAAUCAUAGGAUAAUAUUAUAUAUUUGAACAAAAGCUGCAGUAAUGAGAGACAGACCUAAAGCAUAUCGAGACCAGCUAGACUACUCAAUAAUCCUGAAAACCAACAAAACGC